AUGGCGCCGUCAGCUACUCCCGCACUUUUGAGUCCGCCCAAAAGCAGGCCAGGACUUCGACGACUUUCCUCUAUGACAGUCACCGAACGAGAGAUCAAAGAGGGUAGCGGACCUGUUGUCGUCGUACCCGAUAGGAUGAUGAAGCAAAGAUCCAUGUCUCACAGCGGCGGCUUUGCUGCGUCAUUAGAGACGGCUCGAAAUGAGCUUUCUACCAUAAACUUGGAGGAGGAGGCCUUAGCUUCUCCGACCUCUAGCACACCAGACACACCAGGCUCACCUGUAACUCCAGCAGACAUUCCUACGGCCGACUCGUUUGCGUUCGCAUUCGACAUCGACGGUGUAUUGAUUCGAGGUGGUCGCCCAAUUCCGGAAGCCAUUGAAGCUAUGAAGAUGCUAAAUGGCGAGAAUGAUUAUGGUAUCAAGGUGCCGUACAUCUUUCUGACAAAUGGUGGCGGAAAGACUGAAGCAGAACGCUGCAUCGAUCUGUCGCGACAACUCGACAUCGAAGUUUCUCCUGCUCAAUUCAUUUGUGGACAUACUCCUAUGAGAGAGAUGGUCGCCAAGUACAAUACUGUUCUUGUAAUCGGUGGAGAGGGAGAGAAGUGUCGACAAGUCGCUGAGGGCUACGGUUUCCGUGAUGUCGUCACUCCCGGGGACAUUAUCAGAGACAACGCAGCCACCACGCCAUUUCGCAAAUUGACUCCUGAAGAGCACAAAAACUCCAGACCACGAAACCACGGUGAGACGAAAAUAGAAGCCAUCUUUGUUUUUGCCGACAGCCGAGAAUGGGCAGGCGAUAUUCAGAUCAUGCUCGAUCUUGCCAUGUCCAAAGGUGGAUACAUUGGCACUCUCUCGGAAACGUUUGACGAAGGACCGCCAAUCUACUUCUCCCACAACGAUAUUGUUUGGUCCGCGGCUCACGACAAUGUUCGCCUUGGCAUGGGUGCCCUCCGAAAGAUGGUCGAAAUGCUAUUCAAGGACCUGACGAAGGGCAAAGAGCUUGAGACCAUUGCCUUUGGAAAGCCACAGAUUGGCACAUUUGAGUUUGCCACCCGCUUGUUGCAGCAAUGGCGAAAGGAUGAGCACCGUAUCAACAGACCACCCGAGACAGUCUACUUUGUCGGCGACACUCCUGAGAGCGAUAUCCGAGGAACAAACAUGUUUAAUAAAAAUGCCAAGAAUGACUGGUAUUCCAUCCUUGUCAAGACUGGCGUCUAUCAAGAUGGCACCGAGCCCGCCUAUAAGCCAAGGGCAACUGUUGAGAACGUCUUGGAUGCUGUCAAGCAUGGAAUUGAGCGUGAAAUGGCCAAGAAAGGAAAGCCCCUGGGGGGUACACUACCCUUGAGCCCCAUGGCCUUCAAGAAUUUGUCGCUUAAUGGCGAGAAAUUUGGCAACAAGACACCAAUCAUGGAGGUUACUGAGCCAAAUACACCAAAAACACACACACCAGAGGCAGUUACCCCGGCUGCAACAUGA